GCGGGACACGGCGGGACCGGGAUCGGGAGGGACACGGCGGGACCGGGACCGGGCGGGACACGGUGGGUCCGGGACCGGGAGGGACACGGCGGGUCCGGGAUCAGGAAGGACACGGCGGGACCGGCCCGGGGAGGGACACGGCGGGACCGGGAUCGGGAAGGACACGGCGGGACCGGGAUCGGGAGGGACACAGCGGGACCGGGAUCAGGAAGGACACGGCGGGACCGGCCCCGGGGAGGGACACGGCGGGACGAGGCUGCUCCGGACACGUGAUACAUUUAAGGCAGAAGGGAGCAUAAGAAGAUCCUCUAGCGUGAAACUCAGUCUGCUGGAGGUGACAUUUCAUGUCCAGUUGCUGCUGGAUCCCUGUGUUAUUGGAGCUUUGUGAUGGAGCAGGUGGAUGAUAAACGUGUUGGGAUGCAGACAGCAAAACCUUGGAUGAACAUCCUGCCUGAGAACUGCUCUCACUCAGGGUUCAGAAGAUGGUCUUUCUUGCAGUGGGGAAGAGGCAGGAGAGCCCAGUGAGACACAGGACAGAACUCCCACCUUCCCUGCAGCCUCCUGGGGCCACCAACAGCUUCUUUGUGUCCUCCCUCGGAGUUUAUGUGCAGGUCGUGUCCCUGCAGCAGGUGCCUGAGGUGCUGAUGUGACACCCCGUGGGGGAGCCCUGCUUAUUGGAGGGCUAUGGGGAAACUGCAGAGUAAACUCAGCUUCCACACCACCAAAUACGGGGCCGAUGGCUCCGUGGGACAGACGGGAUCCAUCGUGGCACAGAUGGGAUCCAUCGGCACCUCCCGGCAGCACAGCCCCGCUCACACCGACGCUGUCACCUCUGUGGCUGCUCUCAAACCAGACCUGUGUGUGUCAGGGGGCAGGGAUAAGAGUGUGGCUGUGUGCAGCUGGAGAUCCGGGGCUGCCCUGCGGCGCUUCGUCGGCCACGAGCGGGAGGUCACCAAGGUCACCUCUGCCCUUGACUCCAGCAGAGUCUUCAGUGCAUCCCGGGACAAGACAGUGAUGAUGUGGGAGCUUCACGGGGCGUCGGGGCCAAGCCAGCACUUCCCAGGACAUGAGCUGGUUGUGACUGGGCUGGCUGUGAGCCCAGAUGCCUCCCAGCUGUGCACGGGCUCACGAGACAACACCGUGUGCAAGUGGGACACAGAGACUGGGGAGUGUCUGGCCAGGGCCACCAUCUCCAGGAAUCUGGUCACACACCUGUGCUGGGUUCCUGGGGAGCCUUAUGUCAUCCAGACCUCGGAGGAUAAAACAACCAGGAUCUGGGACAGCCGGGAGCUGCAGGUGGCACACACGUUCCCAGCCAAGCAGCACAUCCAGACGUGCUGUGACGUGAGCCAGGACGGGCGGUACUGCCUCAGCAGCAGCCAGGGCGGAGAGGCCACCGUGAGUGUGCUGGGCCCCUGCUCCUUCCUCCAGUGUCCACAGGACACAGCAGAGAGCAGCACAGCAGUGCUCCAGGGAUCUCAGUCCUCCCACUGCACUGGAUUUGUGCUGGUGUCACCAGCCAGUGCCAGAGCUUAGUGUCUUCCUACCUGUCCCUUUGGGAAGUUCUGCUCAGGGAAUGUCAGAGAAUAUGUUCCUGAUUAAAGCACUGGGAUUUUCCCCAUCCCUGGAGGUGUUCAAGGCCUUGCUGGAUGAGGC